GAGGUAUGGUGCAAGUACUUCCCCUUCGAGCCUACCGCGCCUUGUAUUGAUGACACCUACUCUUUAAUGCAAAACCAUCUUUCCGGAGGCCGGAGCAAUGUACGUUGCUUCUCAAGGUUGCCUUGCCUGUAGGCAGGCUCUGACACUUCGCAAAUCAGUGUGGUAUAGCCAUGUCGCAUCCGCCACCAAUUGGCCCAACACAGGCAUGCAAAGCCGCUGACAAUUCACGGAACACCAGGGAGAUACCUCUUCAGGGCUCGAGGGGGGGUUAAUGGUAAAUCAAGUUGUAUGGCCUGCCACCGCUGUUGAUUGCAGCACUAUACGUUUCUCUAUCGAAAUCAGGCUGCGAAUGUGCCCUGCAAGCCUUGUCCAGAAUAAUUUUGAAAGAAAGAUUGCUGCGAUUCCCUCCCUGGACUUUAGCAAACGAAGCGAGAUGGGAACUAAUCAUUUGACCAUACAAGAAGAAGACGACAUGAAUCGCUCAGCAUCCCUGCCAUUCCUCUCCCAAGAAGACCUGUACGACCAUGAAAAGCCCUAUGAAGUAUGGAUGCCAACAGACGACCCAAUUCCCCGAACAAACUGUGUCUUCGUUGAACAGCACGAAACACCGAAAGAAGAUGUAAGAGAUCGCAGUGACGAAUUCACUCUUGGUACUGGCGGGUUUGAGUUCAUUCAACACGACACCUCGCAGCUUGCCAUCACUGGCUCCGGGAUAGAAGCUUGUGGACGCGAAGCCAUUUUACCAUAUUUGAACGAGACUAUCGAGCUGGUCAAGCAACACACUCAAGCUGAGAAGGCUAUAUGCUUUGAUUGGCGAUUGCGCAAAAACAAUACCGCAAUACAGACGCAAGCCGGUGAUGCCGUCAAUGACAAUCCGGAAGAUAACAGGUAUAACUUCAUUCCACCAGCAAGAGUGGUUCAUCAAGAUGAGUCUGCAAAAGGAGGAUUGUUAGUCGCCAGGAGGUACCUACGAAUCAUCAACAUUUGGCGUCCCAUCGUGGAGCGCAUACAAGAUGCACCCUUGGCGCUUUGCGACAGACGAUCUGUGUCUGCAAACGACAUCCAAGCGUGCGACAAGAUCCUGCCCAGCUACGUAGGUGAAGGAACAUAUUUGCACUACAAUCUGAAUCGGAAGUGGUACUGGUGGCCAAAACAGACGCGAGACCGGCCAGUUCUGUUAGUGAAAUGGGAUUCACUGAGUGAAGAUGAGCUAGCAUGCCCACCACUUGGCUCUUUCAUGGAUUAUCUAGCGGAUCCUGAAGCGCCUCCCCGAGAGAGCAUUGAAGUUCGUACUCUUGUUUUCAAUAAUAAAGAAUAGUGAAACGAGGAAAUGAGAUGAGUGGGUGUAUUCAGUAAGUGUCUCGAUGUAGCA